GCUUUUCGGUCGGGCACGGUGUAGAAUGUGUGGUGAAAAUUAGGGUCGGAAAAGUUCUGACUAAUCUGGAAGUGCAUCUAACUUGAAAAUGGGAGUGAAAGUGGGAAAUUUAAUGAGACAUUUCUUCCGGUUUUGGAACAGUUUUGGUAACAUUUUUCGAGGAAUUUCAUAUUUGACUUUGAAUUAAAGACACCAAAGCAAACAUUGUAACAGUGCUUUGUGUCUUUUCGCUCAAUUAAAUCAGAGCAGUAGAGCGUUCUAGAAGUUACUGUCACGUUCAAGCAUGUAAAUGACCGUACCCAGUACAUUCUGUCGCAAUGUUGCUCAAUCCAGUGCUUCAUCUCCAACCCAUUUCCUACGUAUGUAAUGAUGAAAAUCCUUCCCAUAAAACCAAUCACCAUCGUGCAGCAAACAAAGGCGCCACCGGCAUGAUCCACGCGGCCGGUCCUUCGUGGUUGUGAAAUGUGAAUGGAUGGGAAAAAUUAAUUAUCAAUGAUUUAUUGAUACCAACCGAGCAAUGGGCACGACGCCAUUUGACGCCCGCGUUGCUUUUCAGUGUCAACGUUCGUUCGUUCGUUCGCGCGUGUGAAAAUCGGACCGAGAGCAGUGCUUAAACCCACUAAUGGCGCGCAAACUGGAGCAGCAGGAACGAGCAGGUGCUCGUUCGUGUCCUGCGUGCUGAUUGAUGGGUGACAGUGACAGAAAACCUGCGGCCACCUCCAACCCUUUGGUGGAAUUUUCUUGUGGUGCUAAAAGAGAGAUCCCAGCUUCAGGAUGAAUGCAAACAGUUUUUGGGGUACGAUCGAUCAGCUGUUGGGCAGGGAAGCUCAGAAGCAGAGUGGACAGGAUUCGCUCAAGGUGGCCGGAUGGCUGUCCGCCUAUGCCGGGGUGCGAAAAACGGCCGGUCAGGGUGACGACGCCGCAGGCUACGGUAGCGACGGGUUCAGUGGACUUCCCGGCCGAACGUCGAGUUUACCAUCGAUUUUCCCGAGCGGCAAUCAGCUGAUUCACCCCGACCAGGACGGUACUUUUAACGGUGGGGAUGGUGUGACUGGACCGGGCGGCAAUGGCGGUACGACGGCGGGCGGGCGUAAUGGAGGAAGUCGCAAAAAGGUUCGCUUCCGUAAGUCAAAGCUCCGGCAAUUGUACGACGUGGAAGUGUUGCCGGUCGAGUACCUGGGGCCAAAGAUCGAGUACAGUGUGAACCUUCCCCGAGUAACCGCGCAACUGGAGAAGUUGAUGGGAACGAAUGUGGUCCGGCUGACGGAUCGCAAAUAUAUGCAGGAGCUUCAGCGUCGCAUCCAGGAGGACUACAAUGUCACGCUGGAGAAGCGGAUCAGCGAGCGAGAGCACCGAGAAUGGCAGCGACAGAAGCAACUAAUCCUGGACGGCAAGUAUAGUCUCGAAAACUGUCCCCGGUCUUUGAUACCGCUGCACAGUAUCGUGCUGGCGAAGGAAAUCGAGCGCGAGCGCAACCUGAUACUGUCCGGUGCGGGCGAUAGCAUACCGGAGGAGAUGACCAGCUCGGUGUUUCUUGUGAAUCAGAAAACGAACGUCAACAUUCUGAACAAGCGGGAAAAGUUGAAAACGAUCCGUGAGAAAAAUGCUGAACGUUUGAUCAAACAGGGCCAUCGCUGGGAGCGGGAACGUCUGCAGAUGGAGGAACAGAGCCGGGAGCGGGAAAUUGAGCGACGCACCAAACGGGAAGCGCUGCUCGAGGAGGAAAAGCUGUACAUGAUCGAGGAAAACGAUCGUUCGCUGAACCUGCUGCGGAUGAAGACGAAGAAGGGUCCCUGUCGGGAUAUGAACCUACGGUCGAUGUUGAUGUUGCAGCGUGAAGAACUCGGCCGAACGAUUCAGAAGCGUGACUUCGACAUGAAGGACGAACGAUCGGGCAUGGGUAUGGAGAUGGAGGGUGGAAAGGGUGAUCGACGACGGCAGCGGCGUGGCAUGAGAAAGCAGCGUCAAAUGCAGCGCCAAAGUGAAGUCAACGAGUACCAGGAGUCCUCCUCACCCGAGGAAGGCUACAUCUCGAUGAACAAUGCCGAUUCUCCCGAAGAUCUCGAAACAUCGAUCGCGAUCAAGGUGGCUAAAGGUGCGAGCAAGGACUCGGGCGAUGAAUCCGAAGCCGAACAAGACUUCGAUCAAGCGACCGUCGAGGGUGGUCUAGACACGAAAAAGGACACCGAUGAACCCGAGGAUAUAACUCCCGAGCAGGAAGCCCUCACAGAACUGGACCAGCAAGAUGCCACCGAAGCAGAGCUGGAAGCGGCCGAAGAAGCACGUCUGCGCGAGGAGCUGGACAAAACGCUGAUGGAGAAAAAGAAGGCUCGCCAAGUCCGGAACGAAGAUCCCAAAAUAACGAAGCUCAAGGAAGCAGAUACCGUUGCAGAUAUUUAUAACGUCGCCGAUGAAAUCAUCGUGCUGGAGAAGAAGAAAACGAAGAAAGGUUUCGGAAAGUAAAUGGCCCCCUCCUCCCUAGUUUCGGCACCACUAAACCACCGAGUCUCCUAUUGAGUGUAGGGUUUGAAGAAAUCGACCUAUCUGUGAUUCUGGCCGACAGCGCUGACGUUCUGCUCGUGGAGAUUUGUUAUCCUACCGUUUCCAUUGGACUGUCCCAAGUGUCCGGAAAGGGGUUUUGGUAGUUUAUUUAUUUUUCUAAACUAAAUGCUGUGUGCCUGUGAGUGUGUGAUGUUUGUUGAAUGCACGUUGUGAUAAAAAAAAUGAGAAUGAUUGUUUUUGUGUAGUGGACGACACAUUGUCUCAAUAAACCGUUGCCAGAAAUUAGUAGAAAUGUUGAAUGUUGAUAA